ACGGCAGGAUUGCCAUACAGCACCGCACGGCUCGGCACGGCACGGCUCGGCUCGGUACGGCACUGCAGAACGUGGGCCACGCUGCCAUGGGAGGCUGCAGCGCGUGGGCAUGGCCGGAGCUGCUGCUGCUGCUGCUGCUGCUGCUGGGCAGCGCGUGGCCGUGGGUGGGCAGUGCCCAGCCCACCCCCCCGGGCCCCACGCACCCCCCCGGGCCCCAGCUGAGGUUCCGCCUGGCCGGUUACCCCCGCAAGCACAACGAGGGCCGCGUCGAGGUCUUCUACAACGACGAGUGGGGCACCAUCUGCGACGACGACUUCACGCUGGGCAACGCGCACGUGCUGUGCCGGCACCUCGGCUUCGUGGCUGCCACCGGCUGGGCCCACAGCGCCAAGUACGGCAAAGGAGUCGGGAGGAUCUGGCUGGACAAUGUGAACUGUGCUGGAAACGAGAAGGGCAUCGGGGACUGCAAACACCGGGGCUGGGGGAACAGCGACUGCAGCCAUGAGGAGGACGCGGGUGUUGUCUGCAAGGAUGAGCGCAUUCCAGGCUUCAAGGACUCCAACGUCAUCGAGACCGAGCAGAGCCACGUGGAGGAGGUCCGGCUGCGGCCGGUGGUGUCCGGGGGGCGGCGGCAGCUGCCGGUGACAGAGGGCAUCGUGGAGGUGCGCUACAAGGACAGCUGGGCACAGAUCUGCGACCAGGGCUGGGACAGCCACAACAGCCGCGUCGUCUGCGGCAUGAUGGGCUUCCCGGCAGAGAAGAAAGUCAACAGGAACUUCUACAAGCUCUUCACGGAGCGGCAGCAGCUCAACUACCGCCUGCACUCGGUGUCCUGCACGGGGACAGAGGUGCACCUGUCCCUGUGCUCCUUCGAGUUCUACCGGGGCAACUCCUCAGCAGCCUGCGGCUCCGGCAUGCCCGCCGUGGUCAGCUGCGUGCCCGGGCCCCUCUUCGCCACUGGCAAUGCCCACAAGAAGAAACAGCGCCAGCAGCAGCAGCAGCAGGGCCAGCCCCGCAUCCGGCUGAAGGGCGGCGCGAAGGUCGGCGAGGGCCGUGUUGAGGUGCUCAAGAGCAGCGAGUGGGGCACGAUCUGCGACGACCGCUGGAACCUGCAGUCGGCCAGCGUCGUGUGCCGCGAGCUGGGCUUCGGCAGCGCCAAGGAGGCCCUCACCGGGGCACGCAUGGGGCAAGGGACGGGCCCCAUCCACCUGAACGAGGUGCAGUGCCAGGGCACCGAGAAGUCGCUCUGGAGCUGCCCCUUCAGGAACAUCACACAGGAGGACUGCAAGCACACGGAGGACGCGGCUGUUCGCUGCAACAUCCCCUACAUGGGCUACGAGAACCUGAUUCGGCUGAGCGGGGGCCGGAGCCGCUUCGAGGGGCGGGUCGAGGUGGCGGUGGGGGCUGGCGACGGGGACCAGCCCCGCUGGGGUCUGGUCUGCGGCGAAGGCUGGGGUACGCUCGAGGCGAUGGUGGCCUGUCGCCAGCUGGGUCUGGGAUUCGCUAACCACGGCUUACAAAUCCGCCUGGCCGGCGGGAGGACAGAGUUUGAGGGCCGCGUGGAGGUGAAGCGAGGCAGUAAGUGGGGCACGGUCUGCAGCGAUGGCUGGACCACCAAGGAGGCCAUGGUGGCCUGUCGUCAGCUCGGCCUGGGCUACUCCCUGCAUGCUGUGACGGAGACGUGGUACUGGGACGCCAGCAACGUGACAGAGAUGGUCAUGAGCGGAGUGAAGUGCGCCGGCCACGAGAUGUCCCUGAGCCACUGCCAGCACCACGGUGCCAGCCUGAGCUGCAGGAACACGGGCACGCGCUUCGCUGCGGGCGUCAUCUGCUCCGAGACCGCCUCCGACCUGCUGCUGCACGCACCGCUGGUGCAGGAGACGGCGUACAUCGAGGACCGGCCACUGCACAUGCUGUACUGCGCCGCCGAGGAAAACUGCCUGGCCAGCUCGGCCCGCCUGGCCAACUGGCCCUACGGACACCGCCGCCUGCUCCGCUUCUCCUCCCAGAUCCACAACCGCGGCCGCGCCGACUUCCGCCCCAAGGCCGGCCGCCACUCCUGGGUCUGGCACGAGUGCCACCGGCACUACCACAGCAUGGACAUCUUCACCCACUAUGACAUCCUGACCCCCAACGGCACCAAGGUGGCCGAGGGACACAAGGCCAGCUUCUGCCUGGAGGACACCGAGUGCGAGGAAGACGUGGCCAAGAGGUACGAGUGUGCCAACUUUGGGGAGCAGGGCAUCACCGUGGGCUGCUGGGACCUGUACCGGCAUGACAUUGACUGCCAGUGGAUCGACAUCACUGAUGUCAAGCCAGGCAACUACAUCCUGCAGGUCGUGAUCAACCCCAACUUCGAGGUGGCAGAAAGUGACUUCACCAACAAUGCCAUGAAAUGCAACUGCAAGUACGACGGGCACCGCAUCUGGGUGCACAGCUGCCACAUCGGAGAUGCGCUCAGUGAGGAGGCCAACAAGCGGUUUGAGCAGUACCCAGGUCAGCUCAACAACCAGAUUUCAUAGGGCUCCGGCCCUGGGGAGACAGGCAUCUCCCUCCCUCACCCCACAGGGUGGGAGGAAGCUGCUGGGAGACUGGCAGGGAGGCCUGAUGCCCAGUGCUGCUGCCACUGUGUCCUGCCGGGGACUGCCCAGGACUCGCCACCGGCCGCCCUUCCCCACCUCGGGGGGGGCUGGUGCUGGAGGCACCGACACCUGCACCUCCCAGCCUGGGGCUGCCACCCCAACCACUGGCCAGAAGACGGUGCCCACAUCCCCUGGGCUGCGGCACACGGGUACAGUCGGGGAGGUCCUGCACCCCCCACCGCUCCAUCCCUCCCAUGCCGGCUGCACCCCAAAACUCCCACUCCCCGUUUCAGCCCUGGUUCCUCUCACCCCACAGCCCUCCCACAGCUCACCCCCUCAGCUGGCCCCAGGGCCCACCACCCACACAGGGCCCCAGGAGCCCCCUGGUCCCCCGGGGAUGGUGCAGGUGUCUCUGCCCACAGCGCUGCCCAGGGGUGGCUCCUACCCCAUCUCUCAGUUGUAAUUUUAUUUCCUCUAUAAAGUUGUAAGUUCUCUUU